GUGAUCAUUUGUCAUUGUUGAUAAUGAGCAGCACUUUGUGCGUCACGGUGCGCCCGAGGCUCUCCACCCUGCAUGUAAAUUGUAGACAGAGCAGCAUGUGACCCUCUAUCCUCCAGUAGUCCUGCGAGCGUCAGUCAGCGGGCAACCAUACCGACACACAACUGCUGGCCGGCGGAGGCGUUCAUGAAUCGUUCCACAUUUUCUCCGUUCGUCAUAAACCCUGGAUGUUGUUGACCGCUGCCAAAGACUCACGGACUGAGGCCUAGACUGAAAUCCAGCUGUCACUCCUCAGCAUCUCUCCUAUAGUUACAUUCGUCCACCUCUUCUCCACUCUCCGCCUGUAUCUCCUUGUUCUGUUCCCAUCGGACUCUGUCUCGCUCUCUCUUUCUCUCUCCACCCCCACCCCCUUCCCUCCCCUCAGCCUCCCUGAUGCCUAAGAACAGCAAGGUGACGCAGCGUGAGCAGAGCAAUGAGCACGUCACAGAGUCGGUGGCUGACCUGCUCGCACACGAGGAACCGCUGGACUACAAGAGCAGCUCCCUGAACGUCAUAGGGGCCGCCGGGAAAAAGGUCCCGCAGAUAGAGGUGCCCGAAGACGAUGGACGCCCCGCCUGGAACAGCAAACUGCAGUACAUAUUGGCCCAGGUGGGCUUCUCUGUAGGCCUGGGAAACGUGUGGCGCUUCCCUUACCUGUGCCAGAAAAAUGGAGGAGGUGCCUAUUUGGUUCCCUACUUCAUCCUCCUCCUCCUAAUUGGCAUCCCGCUCUUCUUCUUGGAGCUGGCAGUGGGUCAGAAGAUCCGACGUGGGAGCAUCGGGGUCUGGAACUAUGUCUGUCCCAGUUUGGGUGGGAUAGGAAUGUCCAGUCUGAUGGUGUGUGGCUUUGUGGGUCUCUACUAUAAUGUGAUCAUCGGCUGGAGCAUCUUCUAUUUCUUCCAGUCCUUCCAGUAUCCUCUUCCAUGGAGCGAGUGCCCAAUCAGAAGGAAUGGGACACUUGCCAUUGUGGAGCCGGAGUGUGACAAAAGCUCAGCCACGACCUACUUCUGGUACCGUCAGACCCUGAACAUCACCAGCACCAUCGCAGAGAGCGGCGGCCUUAACAUAAAAAUGACCCUGUCUCUGCUGGUGGCCUGGAUCAUUGUCUGCCUCGCCGUCAUCAAAGGAAUUGCCUCCUCUGGGAAGGUGAUGUACUUCAGCUCUCUUUUUCCAUAUGUGGUGCUGUUCUGUUUCCUGGUCAGAGGUUUAAUGCUGAAGGGAUCAGUGGAUGGCAUUGCUCACAUGUUCACUCCCAAGUUAGAGAAGAUGCUGGAGCCCCAAGUGUGGAGGGAGGCAGCCACCCAGGUCUUCUUUGCCCUGGGUCUGGGGUUUGGAGGAGUCAUAGCCUUCUCUAGUUACAAUAAGAUUGAUAAUAACUGUCAUUUUGAUGCCGUGCUCGUCUCUUUCAUCAACUUCUUAACUUCCAUUUUGGCCACACUAGUGGUGUUUGCCGUGCUGGGCUUCAAGGCCAACAUCAUGAAUGAAAAGUGUGUCAUAGAGAAUGCAGAGAAGAUCCUGGGAUACCUCAACUCUGACGUCCUGAGCCACGAUCUCAUCCCGCCACAUGUAAACUUCUCCCAUCUCACCACAUCAGACUACGCAGAAAUGUACGGGGUCAUCAAAGCGGUUAAAGAGGGCGGCUUCGCCCAGCUGGGUCUGGAGCCUUGUCUCCUGGAGGACGAGCUGAACAAGUCUGUCCAGGGUACCGGCCUGGCCUUCAUCGCCUUCACAGAAGCCAUGACCCAUUUCCCAGGGUCUCCGUUCUGGUCUGUCAUGUUCUUCUUCAUGCUCAUCAACCUUGGUCUGGGCAGCAUGAUCGGCACCAUGACUGGCAUUACCACACCUGUCCUCGACGCCUACAAGGUCCAGAAGGAACUUUUCACAGUGUGUUGCUGCAUUGUGGCCUUCUUCUGUGGCCUGUUGUUCGUUCAACGCUCAGGGAAUUACUUCGUCACCAUGUUUGAUGAUUACUCUGCCGGACUGCCUCUCACAGUAGUGGUUAUCCUGGAGAAUCUGUCUGUUGCUUGGAUUUAUGGCACAAAAAGGUUCAUGCAGGAUCUGGAGGACAUGUUGGGUUUCCGACCAUGUAUAAUCUAUUUCUACCUGUGGAAGUAUGUCUCCCCUCUGUGUCUGAUUGUGCUCAUCUCAGCCACUGUCAUAGAGAUGGCCAUCAGCCCACCAGGAUACAAUGCCUGGGUCGAAGAGCUGGCUCAGGAACGCUUCCAGAGCUAUCCCCCCUGGGCACUGGCCAUGUGCUUUGCUCUCAUUGUCGUGGCCAUGCUUCCUCUCCCUGUUGUCUUUAUCGCUCGUCGCUUAAACCUGAUGUCAGACGGCUCCAACAAGCUGUCUGUCUCAUACCGUAAAACCAUGAUGAAGGACAUGUCCAAUCUGGAGGAGCAGGACGAGGCCAGGUUCAUCCUUGGCGCCAAGCCUGGCGAGGCUCCUUCAUCAGCACCAGCACAAAGGGCCUAUCUGACUCCAGGAGGGACCAAAACCCUGGAUGCCAACUCCCUGUCACCAAACAGCUGCUACGGUACGAGCUACCAGAACGCUGCCAUCAGCCCCACUACACCAACUACACCAACCACGCCAGAGUCUGACUCUUGACUGCUGUCCAAACACCCCUCUGACACCCAGUAGCAGUUUACCUUCCAGCCAUAAAGUCUCCACCGAGGGUCACUGCAGUGCUGAGAAUCCCCACCACUGCCCAACCAACACCAAAAUCUGUAUGUAGCCGCCCAAUUUAUCUGAACACAUGCUUUCCAAAAUAAUCCCAAGGAACCAUCUGCAGCAGGAUGGGGGAAAAAGACAAAAAUCACUCUUAACAGUAAUUGAAACAUGGAAAUCAGGGUGAUACUGACAGUAACACUGUAAGUCUAAAUAUAUUCUGUAUAUAACAUCAUAGGAUUUAUGUGCUUAAAAUGAAGUUCUGUGAUUCUCUUUUUUUGACUAGUAUAAGGAUAUUCAGCGGACACAGCCUCCCUCCCACACACACAGUUUAAUGUUAAUGCACAUCCCCAUCUGCACAGAGCAGGGGAUGAAAGAAUGAAUGUAGUGGACGCGGCGUGGUCCUGCUGGUUGAACUGGUUUUCACUGGCACAGAGAGCCAAGACAAAUGUGAGUUUAUUAUUUUAAGGUUUAAAGCCUGUCCUCCGUAGAUGUACUGUGUGCCAUACAGUCUAGUCUCUUAUGUAGUGAAUUAAGUGUCUACACAAGCACCUCUGUUUUUAUGUCUGAGCUAGAAAACACUUCUCAUUGUGUAGAUCUGUUUUCACAGAGCUGUGUUUUGUAAACUAUACUUAAGGCUGCUCUAAAGACCUAUGGAUCUAUGAUCCAUACCCUGUUGUGUUUUUCUUGUAGCCAGUAUUGUGUAUCUGUAAACAAUGGUAUGCAGUAUAGUAACAUGGAAAUAGGAUAUUAUUUAUGUUCUAAAGCCACAUUCUCAUCAUCUGUUACACACACAUUGUAACAUGUGAAAAUCACUCUUUUAGUUUCUCCUCCUGAGUAACUUGUAGACAACAAAGCACUUGAAAUGUAUUUAUGUUAAAGUAUAAAGAAAGGAUAUGCUGAGUUAUGUUGAAAGUGAACUACAAAUAGCUUUUUUUAAGCUCAUGAGAUUAAAACAUAAAGUAUUCAAAUUCUUUAUUGACAGAAAGCACAGCUUGCUCAUGGGAAGUUGAAACAAAUGGCCAUUCCUCGCUUAAUGCAUUUUUAACUUUCUUCCUAUAAUGCUACAAAAGCACAAAGAGAUUUUACACAAGUAUUGUGCACAGUUAAAUUAAUGACCGUAAUUGUUGACGUAUAGUUUUGAAGAUUUAUGCACACGUGAAAUUGAAAGACUAUCAGCAGUUAAAUAUGUCCCGCACAAUGAGUAAGCAAUAUAUAUUUCUAUCGCAGCUCAAACUAUGUUCGAUAUGGACCAAAAACAUAAUGAAUAUGAAAUAGAAAAUUCAGCAAUGGACCAAAAGAUUGAGGAAUUUAAGGAACAGAUAUCCAAGUAAUGUAAUAUUAAUCUCGCACCUAUGCUCAAAUGCACACAUGCACACUGUUUCUGUAUAUUUGUGGAAUAACAAACAUGAAGUGUUAUUGAAACAAACACUAGGCUUUCUUUGUGAUGAAGAUCUUUGACUUCAUGUUAAACCAGUCUGGGUAACGUUAGUAAGAUGGAUAUAUUUCCCUGAACCUGAUUCAUUUUUGUAGAGAAUAGUGCAUAGUGGUGUGCAAACUGUCAAACAGUCUGAGCUGAGCACAUUCAAGUUCCUGUUACAUGGAAGGGGAUACCUUUAUUUAUUUUUUGUUACAAUAUUCUAAGCCAUGGUGUUAACAAUUAAAUGGACUAUAUUUAUAUUCCUGUAUAUUUAUCUUUAAAAAGUAGUCAGUAUAUUUUCCUCUUGUGUGAUGCUUAUUCAAAUUGUAUAUUUAAAGAGGUAUCUAUUUUGUAGUUUGUGUAGCUAAUUCUUGUUGUGGAAUGUGAAAAUGCUGCUUGGAGGUAGAGGUGAUGUGGGAUGUGCAGAGAAGUCUUGUCUGGGUGGCAGCUAGUUCUCUGUUGUAUCCAUGAUGAGCUGUGUGUUCUUCUGGCUGUGCCCACUCACCUAUACCCACUUUAGCUUUACUGGUAUGCCUGACAGGAUAUCUCUCAAAAAAUGUUCUGCCUCAGCUGUACUUGACAUGAAUGCUCAAAUAGCAUGCUAACAUGCUAAAUGUAUGAAAACACACACUUUAAAGUACAUGCUAAACAUUAGCAUUUGAUUAUGCUUCCUUUAGCAUGACAAGAUUAUUAGCAUACUAACCUAAAAUUUGAAAUGUUGCAUGGAAUAUCACCAUACUAUCCAAUAGUUGCUAGCAUGAAUGUUAAAAUGCUAACAAACCUUCAGUUAAAAUUCAGCAUAUGCACAAUUUGGGCAGAAUGUGAUGAACAGGAACACAUUAUUUUGACUGACUCAGGAGUGUUGGUUACCCCAUUGAUUGCCUUGUAGUCCUUUAAACAGCCAAUAAUAGCUACUUUUGCAGUGUUACAAAUUUGGAGCAGUUCAUUUACAAGUUAAAUCAAACCCAAACAAACACUGUAUCGCUCUUUUUAAAGGACCAGUGUGUGGGAUUUAGGGGAAUCUAUCGGCAGAAAUGGAAUGUAGUAUUAAUAAUAGUGUUUUUUUAUUAGUGUAUAUUCACCUAAAACUAAGAACAUUUGUCAAUCACACUAAGCUGCUUUCAUAGCGUAUAAUGAGCCUUCAUAUUUACGUAGUGAGUGGGUCCUCUUCCACAGAGCCCGCCAUGUUGCACCGCCUUAUUUCCACAGUUCAAACAAACCAAAAACUCUAAAAAGGAACUGAAGCCCACCAUGCGUUCUACUACACACUUGCAAAGGGAUGUGUAGGGAGAGGGUUAUUCAGUUGGUGGCAGGGCUUGACAUUAACGUAUUGAGGCACUUGUUCUUUGGACAAGUACAUUUACGUUUCACUUGUCCAUGCACAAAAGUCCCUUGUCCGGGUAAAGAUUUUUCAUUUUAU